AUGGAUGCCCUAGAAUCCCUGAAUACUUUGGCUUUCCCUCUUGAGGAUACUGUCGAGGUUCCCGCGACAUUUGCCCACGAGUGCCACCUCCUCACGCCCAAACUUCCUCAUUACAUGUCAUCCUUGAUACGCCAUCUCUUGCAGCUCCCGAUUGGCCACAGUAGCAGAGUUCGAGUUGAGAAGGAUCUUAUGGGUUUUAUUUCUGCUUACAUUCUCAAAGAUGGACCAGCUGAUACGACUAUUUGGACCCAUCUUAAUGACCAGGAGAGCGACGAGGACUACCAGAAAGGAGUCAGAGAAUGGGUCCAAUUUAUAAAGACAUGGGACUGGGGUGAUAUUGAGGGAAGGUACCUGACUCUAGCUAAAUUUGCAGUCCGAGAUUGCCGCUACAUCGAUACGCUGACAGACGUCCACGAUGAGAAUCGCACGCUCUGA